AUGGAAGAGCCACCAGUAAAAACAGCCAAGCAAUUAGAAAAGGAAGCCAAGAAAUUGGCCAAAUUGGAAAAGUUCAAACAAAAACAAGAUCAGAAACAGAAUACACCAAAAGAAGAAAAAAAGGAAAAAAAAGAGCCAGUUAAGAAAGAAAAAGAAGUAGCAGUGUAUGAUCAGGAUACUAAACCUGGUGAAAAAAAAGAUGUAUCAUGCCCUAUGCCAGAUUCAUAUAGCCCAGCAUAUGUCGAAGCUGCAUGGUAUAGCUGGUGGGAAAAACAAGGAUUUUUCAAACCGGAAUAUGGGAAAAAAAAUGUAUUGGAAGAUAACCCCAAAGGAAAAUUUAUUAUGAUUAUUCCUCCUCCUAAUGUGACGGGAUCUUUACAUUUGGGUCAUGCUCUCACUAACGCAGUGGAAGAUGCAAUUACUCGAUGGAAUCGAAUGAAUGGUAAAACUACUUUAUGGAAUCCUGGUUGUGACCAUGCAGGAAUUGCAACUCAAGUAGUAGUUGAAAAAAAAUUGUGGCGUGAAGAAAAUAAAAAUAGACAUGAUAUUGGCCGUGAAAAGUUUAUUGAAAAAAUAUGGGAGUGGAAAAAAGAGAAAGGUGAUCGUAUAUAUACGCAACUGAAGUUGUUAGGAUCUUCGUUGGAUUGGGAUCGUGCAUGUUUCACUAUGGACCCUAAACUCAGUCAUGCAGUCACAGAGGCUUUUAUACGUUUACAUGAAAAUGGUGAUAUAUAUAGAAGCAACCGUCUUGUAAAUUGGUCAUGUGCUUUAAAAAGUGCUAUUUCUGAUAUUGAGGUAGACAAAAUUGAAUUGCCUGGUCGAACCUUCCUGUCCAUACCAGGUUAUACAGAAAAAGUUGAAUUUGGUGUUCUUGUAUCGUUUGCUUAUAAAGUCGUAGGAGAAGAUGAGACAAUCGUUGUAGCUACCACUAGAAUUGAAACCAUGUUGGGAGAUACAGCUGUAGCUGUUCACCCAUCUGAUCCUAGGUAUAGACACUUGCAUGGUAAAUAUGUGCAACAUCCAUUUUGUGACAGGAUACUGCCAAUAGUUUGUGACAAUUUUGUUGAAAAAGAUUUUGGAACAGGUGCGGUAAAAAUAACCCCGGCUCAUGAUCCUAAUGACUAUGAAGUUGGUAAACGUCGUAAUUUACCAUUUAUAACAAUAUUUAAUGAUGAUGGUGUAAUUAUUGGUGAUUGUACUGAAUUUAAUGGAAUGAAACGAUUUGAAGCACGUAAAGCUGUUUUACAAGCAUUGAAAAAAAAGAACCUUUAUUGUGAAACAGUUGACAAUCCAAUGGUUGUGCCUAUUUGUAGUCGAUCCAAAGAUGUUGUUGAACCACUAAUUAAACCACAAUGGUACAUUCGUUGUGAUCAAAUGGCUAAACAAGCAUCAGAAGCUGUCAAAAACGGUGAGCUCAUGAUUAUACCGUCUCAACACAACAAAACUUGGUUUCAUUGGAUGGAUAAUAUUAGGGACUGGUGUAUUUCAAGACAACUUUGGUGGGGUCAUAGAAUUCCUGCAUAUUUUGUUACUAUUGAUAAUCAACCUCAAAGUUCUAUUAAUGAGGAUGAUUGUUGGGUGAGCGCAUAUUCAGAAGAAGAAGCUUUACAAAAAGCAGUAAAAAAAUUCAAUGUUCCAAAAGAAAAAAUUACUCUUCGACAAGAUGAAGAUGUUUUAGACACUUGGUUUUCUUCAGCUCUGUUUCCAUUUUCUAUCUUUGGAUGGCCUGAUCAAACAGAUGAUUUAAAGAUGUUUUUCCCCGGCACUCUAUUAGAAACUGGUUAUGAUAUCUUAUUCUUUUGGGUAGCUCGCAUGGUUUUCUUCUCCCAGCGUUUGAUGGGUUGUUUACCAUUUAAGAAAAUCUUCUUACAUUCCAUUGUACGUGAUGCACAUGGCCGUAAAAUGAGCAAGUCAUUGGGUAAUGUUGUUGAUCCCAUAGAUGUCAUUAAAGGAAUAUCAUUAGAGAAUUUGAAUAAACAACUUGCUGACAGUAACUUGGAUCCGAAAGAAAUAGAAAAAGCUAAAGCAGGACAGAAGCAAGACUACCCUAAUGGCAUCCCAGAAUGUGGAACAGAUGCAUUACGGUUUGCUUUAUGUUCAUACAUGUCUCAAGGACAUGAUAUCAAUUUGAGUAUUCUCCGUGUUCAAGGUUAUCGUUUUUUCUGUAAUAAACUUUGGAAUGCUAUAAAGUUUGCACUCAUGUACUUCAAAAAAGAUUUUGUACCUUCCCCAAUAUCAGAGAUUGUGAACUUAAACAACAUGGAUACGUGGAUUUUGAGUCGCUUAUCAUUAGCUGUAGAAUCAUGUAACACUUCAUUUGAAAACUAUGAACUCAAUGGUGCAACGACUGCGUGCUAUAAUUUUUGGUUAUAUGAUUUAUGUGAUGUGUACUUGGAAUCACUCAAACCAGUAUUUGCCUCUAAUAAUAUAGACAAGAUUGAAACUGUUCAAAAUAUAUUAUUCUACUGUUUGGAUACAGGAUUGAGAUUAUUAUCACCAUUUAUGCCAUUCAUUACUGAAGAACUUUACCAAAGAUUGCCACACUCUGAUAUUUCUAGAUAUCCUAGUAUAUCUGUUGCUCUGUAUCCAGAAACAACAAAAUAUUCUUGGCGGGAUUUAAAAACGGAAAAUGAAUUUGAAAUUGUUCAGAAAAUUGUUCAUAGCAUUAGAUCAGCAUUAUCAGAUUAUAAUGUUCCUAAAAGUUCAAAAACUGAAACAUAUAUUAAUUGUUCUGAUGAAAGUACAUUACAAACUGUAACUAAAUUUAAAUUAGAGAUAGCUACUUUUGCAAAUUGUAGUAAAGUGGAACUUGCAAAUGCGUCUUCUAUACCAAUUGGAUGUGCUAUUCUGCCUAUAUCUGAUAAAUGCCAAGUGCAUCUUUUAUUGAAGGGCUUGAUCGAUACAUCCAAGGAAAUAGAAAAGUUGAAAAAAAAGAGUGAUCUGUUAACUCAAACUGUAGAGAAACUAAAUAAAGCAAUGAGUGUAGCAGAUUAUGAAACAAAAGUUCCAGAUGAUGUGAGAAAUGCAAAUAAGGACAAACUUAAGCAGUCACAAGACGAAUUAGAUAGACUCACUGAAGCAAUUGGAGUACUGAAAAUAAUGGAUUCAUAA